UCCCUCAUAGUCUGCGUCCGGUUGGGGACUGGAAUGGCAUUCGAGCCCUGACAUCGGCGCCGGUUUUCCCCGUAAUCGAAAAAAAGUUCGUUUCUACCUUGGAAAUGUCACCGACCGAUAGAAAACGGCACUGAAGUGAAAAAAAAGUUGAUAUCUCUAGAGGAGCGGUAUAAUUCCUCCCCUGGGACUAUGGUAGGCGCCGCGCCUGAUAUGGAGAUGCAGCUGAUUUGGGGUGUAUCGUCCCGCGACGAUUCGGGAAGACCGGAGAACGUUCAAUAGCCGAACAAGGCUCGUUCAGAAGGAAGUCUUCUUGCGAAAAAUGGCGAUCGGUCCGACAGAGCGCGGGGAUUCUCUGACGUGAAGCGAGAAGAGAUAGAAAAAAAAAUGACGGGACACGCAUCCAAAAUUAUCUGACGUACAGAGAGAGGAAAACACUACCAUAUUCUUUUUAUAAUAUAGGAGCGACGUCGAGGAAUAAAACUCCCUCAAAAAUUUACCAGCGAUACCAGAAGAUUCUCUGCUAUGGAGGAAAGGCAAGUGGCAGAGCAGCAAGUGCCUCUGGUGGGAAAUCCUGCAGAACUGAACCGCUUGACACAGACGGACGUACUGGAACGAACGCAAGAACAACAGGAGACAGAGCAGUCGGAAGAACAACAUGCAUCCCAUACGGAAGAACAAGAUGAACAGCAGCAGCAGCAGCAGCAGCAGCAGCAGCUGCAGGAGCAAGAACAACAGCCAGAGGAAGAGAUUCCUCUGGUAGAACGCAGGAGCCAGACGGAUGAAAAUCUUGAAGAGAAGUCCAUCGAAGAAGAUCCACCACCCUACAGUCAGCUACCCGAGCAUCAACAGGAGCAACCACAAGAGAGCCUAGGCCAGCACCGCCAACAGCGGCUGUACGAGGACCACCAGCUGCACCAACAUGUGCAGCAGCAGCUGCGGAUACAGCAGCACCUCAUAGACCAAAGCUAUCAGGAGCAGCUUCAGUUAAGACACCAGCAGCAGCAGCAGCAGCAACAGCAGUCUCCUGAGCAGUCUCCAUUCAGGGUUCUUCAGCCUUCUCGUAGCAUUCCGUCCAGGGACUGGUCACAGGCACUUCAUGAGCGCGUUCACAGUCUACAGCAAAUUCGCAGAAGAACCACAGUGAGGAAGCGGGGUAUCAUAUGCUGUGGGAUAAGCGGUGCUUUACUGAUGGCCAUGGGCUUCAACUUCAUCUUCCUGGAUCUUCAAGACAGCGAGGAGGGUCUCAGCGUCGUCCUGGUGAUCGGUUCCGUAUUCAUGGUUUUUGGAGUGAUGCUCAUCCUAUCUUGCCUGAGGCUCUGCUGCAUGACGAGACUGGAACAAUCGUUCACGCCCAUCGAGGACCUGGAUCAAGACGUCAUGGUCGCCCACGACUCGUACAACGACGUCUCGACCGCUUAUAACUACCACCACCACCAAUCACUGCCCGGCUACAGUGCUCUUCCCAUACGCCAAGGUGGGAAUUACCACCUGAUUUCGGGAGUGUCUUCGGCACCUCCUUACAGGUACCCGGAUGACGACCUGCCUCCUUCUUACAGCGAGAUAUUCAAGGACUCGUAGCGCUCGUCUGAGGGCCACGGUUCUCUCGGACACGCGUGUGUUACAUUUGCUCAGUUUUAUAAUAUUAAGAGAAGUCAGGCUCUAUAGAAAGGACUGGCGUCACUGUGAUCUUUAUUUGAUAUUAUUAUCUAGAAGCUUCAGGUUUCUGUAGUUUUAGUCGUAAUUUGUUGCAAUGGGAUUA